AUGUCCUUUUUCUGGCCUGCCGCCGCGGCGCUGGCCCAAUGGAACCCGAUCCCCCGCAAAUACCGGCCUGGUCGCAGCCGGAGAAAGCAGAAACCUCGCUUGUCUGUCUCGGCGCCGCCUUCGCGCUUUGCUUCAACAACACAGGCUGGUAGCGGCAAGGCGUCUGUCGGCAAUGUUGCGUCGCUCCAGCGCUCUUUCAACCCGGCUGACGGCCUGCGUACUCUCCGCCGCCAUCGGUGGAACAUCUACGAUAUACAGCAUCUGAUUACGGUUGCUUUCGUCCUUUUCUCCUUCAUUAUUGCACCUAUUCCUCUCAUGGUCGACAUCGGUAUCGUCGCCGGCUACAGUCUGCUUGUCCUGAUGCCAGCGACGCGCCAGUUCUUCCUGCCCAGCUUGCCGAUAUGGACGUAUCUGUUUUAUUUCUUCUCCAGCCGAUUCAUCCCUGUAGAGUACCGUCCUCACAUCUGGGUCAAGGUUCUGCCGGCGCUUGAGAACGUUCUGUACGGCGCCAAUUUGUCUAACAUCCUGUCGGCGCACACACACCCCGUGCUCGACCUCCUGGCAUGGUUCCCUUACGGCCUGGGCCACUUCGGCGCACCUGCGGUGUGCAGUGUGCUCAUGUUCUUCUUCGCCGCCCCUGGCACGACGCCUAUCUUUGCUCGCAACUUUGGCUACUUGGCGCUUGUUGGCGUCACUACCCAGCUCGUCUUCCCCUGCACGCCCCCUUGGUACGAGCGCCUGCACGGCCUCGAACCCGCCCACUACGGCAUGCCCGGUUCUCCUGCCGGUCUGGCCCGCGUGGACCAGCUGUUGGGCGUUGACAUGUAUACGACGAGUUUCACCACUGCUCCUCUUCCCUUCGGUGCUUUCCCGAGCCUGCACGCUGCUGACGCCACGCUCGAGGCCCUGUUUAUGAGCUACUGCUUCCCCCGCUUCCGCAUUGUUUUCAUUGCGUAUGUUGGCUGGAUUUGGUGGGCCACCAUGUACCUGAAUCACCACUACGCUGUUGACCUCGUUGCCGGCAGCUUACUGGCCGCCCUCUUUUACUACAUCUCGCGCGCGAGCUUCAUGCCCCGCCGCCAGCCGGACAAGCGCACCCGUUGGCAGUAUGAGUACGUCGAGAUCGGUGAGAAGAACCGCUCUAUCGUUGACGAGUAUGCGUACAAUUACUACGACGGCUUCGGUCUCGACUUGCUGCCGCGUCAUCGUGUCGCCGGUGCCUUCGGCGACAGCGACGAGUGGACCAUUGGCAGCACCUCAAGCUUCGCUUCGUCCUCUGGCGGCAGUGUCAGUGGCAGCGUGAGCGGCGGUGGCAGUCGUGAUAACAGCAGCCCAGGAACCAUGAGCCCGACGACACCCGAAGUCGAGUUUCACCCUGUGAGUGUGUGGGACACCACCAACGCGUCAAUUACCCGCUACGCCGAGCUGAGCGAGGUCGUACCAGUUCGGUGA